UUGAACUUCCUUACACAACUGGAGCAACGCGAUUAAUAUUAAGCAGAAUGAUACCCAUAUUUAAAAUUUUGUUAAAAGAAAUUAUUAUUAUUAUUAUUAUUGGAUUGACAUUCGUUUGGAGUGUAAACGGUAAACAACUGAUUGUGCAUGAAAACACGAAUAUAACGACAAAUGGAACACUACACACCACUUCGAGCAUAAAUACAAUAAUCGACGGAAGGGUUGGUGCAGCGGAAUCAUGCAACUGCUGUGCAAUACUUGACAGACCGUCAUGGCUGCAAUUGAAUCUGGGAAGACCGUAUUUCCUUCAGGAAAUAGAAAUAUUUGGCAACUAUGAUGGAUAUAUUUGGCAGUUUGAAAAUGUAAUCAUUGAAUUUGGACUUUCCGUUGAAAGACUUGCAAGACUUGCAAGCUACGAAUUAACACGAAAUGAAACAGGCGAAAUACAAAUUAAACGCCCACCUUACGAUGCUGUUCAGUUCAUUCGUAUUGUUGGGCCAUAUCAAUCAACAAACCACACAUCUAUGACUUUGUGUGAAAUUAAACUAUAUCAGCAAACAGAGAUAAACAUUAUAACACAAAAUAUGAGCACGAGCCAGUCCGAAACAUAUUAUAAUUGCAGCGCCAAUAAUGCCAUUAAUGGUCUAUAUCAUUUAACCUUCGAUUUCGACGAAAUUGUAUUAUGCCACAUAUGUAGUGCGUCGAUGGGUUACGAGCGGUAUCCAUGGUGGCAAGUUGACUUGGGAGAAACGGUGAUGGCACAUAGUGUCAGAGUUCACGGACGCUUUGAACCUCAUGCUGAACAAAGUGCAAAUCUCCAAGUAUUUAUAAGCAAUAUGACACAUGAUUUUACAAAUGGUACAUUCGUUGGAACCAUUGCAGAGUCCGGCAUUGUGAACGGCUCAGUAUUGUUUUUCAACCUUCGAAUUUUCAAAUACUUGACAAUUUUGCGACGUAUGCCUUCUGUGAUGGUACUUUGUGAGGUAGAAAUUUACCAUGCAGAGUGUCCAUUCGGACAACACGGUAUGUUGUGCCGACCUUGCUCACAUUGCAAAGAUUCAAUAUGUGACGCCAUUUUUGGCAGUUGUACAAACGGCUGUGGGCCUGGGUGGAAGACAUCAUUAUGUACUAACGAAUGCGACGACGGCAAGUAUGGCAUAAACUGCACAAACACAUGCAGCCCUUCCUGCAUUGAUCCAAGUUCGUGUAACAAAGUUAAUGGAACAUGUAAUGGUGGAUGUCGCCCUGGAUAUCAGUACCUGAAAGACACAACUUGCAUGUCUGAAUGCAGCGACAGAACUUAUGGGUUAAACUGUUCAGAAACAUGCAGCCCUUACUGUAUUGAUCCAAGUUCGUGUAACACAUUAAAUGGAACAUGCAAUGGUGGAUGUCGUCCUGGAUAUGACUACCUGAAAGACUCGUCUUGCAAUUUGGAAUGCAGCUAUGGCUGGUAUGGGUUAAACUGCACACACCAAUGCAGCCCUUACUGCAUUGAUCCAAGUUCUUGUAAGAAACAAAAUGGAACAUGCAAUGGUGGAUGUCGUCUUGGAUAUGACUACCUUAUGGACCCGACCUGCAUGUCUGAAUGCAGCGACAGAACUUAUGGGUUAAACUGUUCAGAAACAUGCAGCCCUUACUGCAUUGAUCCAAGUUCGUGUAACACAUUAAAUGGAACAUGCAAUGGUGGAUGUCGUCCUGGAUAUGACUACCUGAAAGACUCGUCUUGCAAUUUGGAAUGCAGCUAUGGUUGGUAUGGGUUAAACUGCACACACAAAUGCAGCCCUUACUGCAUUGAUCCAAGUUCGUGUAACAAACAAAAUGGAACAUGCAAUGGUGGAUGUCGUCCUGGAUAUGACUACCUUAUGGACCCGACCUGCAUGUCUGAAUGCAGCUAUGGUUGGUAUGGGUUAAACUGCACACACAAAUGCAGCCCUUACUGCAUUGAUCCAAGUUCGUGUAACAAACAAAAUGGAACAUGCAAUGGUGGAUGUCGUCCUGGAUAUGACUACCUUAUGGACCCGACCUGCAUGUCUGAAUGCGUUGACAGCACGUAUGGGUUGAACUGCACAAAGUCGUGCAGCCCUAAUUGCGCUGAUGCACGUUCGUGUAACAAAGUUAAUGGAACAUGCAAUGGUGGAUGUCGUCCUGGAUAUGACUUUUUUACAGACUUAACGUGCAUGUCUGAAUGCGACGAUGGCAAUUAUGGAUUGCACUUUUCACAUAACUGCAGUCAGUAUUGUUCAGGUAUUCACUCAUGCAACAAACAAGAUGGAAGUUGUAUAAGAGGAUGUCUGCCUGGCUUUGACUUUUCCAAAGAUGCGACAUGUUUUUCAGCAUGCGACGCAGGAAAAUAUGGAAUAAAUUGUUCACAUUCAUGCAGCCCUUACUGUGCUGAACCUCGCUCGUGUAACAAAAUGAAUGGAACUUGUAUUGGUGGAUGUCGUCAUGGAUAUGACUACCUUAAAGACUCCUCUUGCAAUUCAGCUUGCGAACUAGGAUACUUUGGACUAAACUGCACUUCCCCAUGCCACUGCAAAGAAGGACUUCAAUGUGAUCAUGUAUCUGGAAUCUGCUCUGUGCCAAAAUGCCUACCCGGCUGGACUGGCAAAAACUGUAGUAUAAAACAAGUGACACAACCUUCUUCGAACUAUCAUGCAAUGACAUCUUUGCCGACGUUCUCAAGAACUACAACAACUGAGGCAACAUCACAUCAAAUACAUGCACCCUUUUCUGCAAUAUCGUCAACGCAAGACAAAUAUAUUCAACUACUAUUGAUUGUUAUAUCAGUGAUCUCUACUAUCCUGGUGCUUUUUAUGGCAGGUGUGAUUCUGUAUUGCAUAGUUCGUACAAAGCGCACGAAAAAGAGAUCAUCUGCCCACUUAGAAAAUAAAACAAAGUCGACCAACCUGUCGUCUACUUCCGGUAAUGAGUACGAUGACCUGUCAACAACAGCGCGUGCGUCUGACAAUUAUGAACAUCUUCAAAUGAGAACGCAUCUUAGGCACACGUAGGUCAAGGCUGUUUGAAAGGAACCAUAGUUGGAUUAAAACAACAGUCACACCAACAAUUCAUUAAUCCAAGUUUUAUCUUUUUGCGUACAAUAUCUGUCAGCUGUUGUGUAUGAAUAUUUGUUGUCAUUCAAGCACCGUGUAUUUUUGCAUUUUGUAAGAUGCAAUGAAAUAUCUGUCAUGAAGGUACAUAACUGCAAGCCUCUUAACAUCUUAAGAAAACAUUGUAACAGCUCAGUCCUUAAAAUAUGUGAAUCCUUUUCUCCCCAAAUAUGCAUGUUCGUGGUAUAAACCUUUAUGAAAAGUGAAUGACAAUAUAAUUUAGAGGAAAGAUGUAUACAUUAAUGUAAGUCUGGAGUCGGUAAUUUCUGGCUUAAUUUCCAUUUGUUAAAAGAAUGUAGACAAAGAUCGCAUAACGACGAUUUACUUCCAUGUUGUUUCUUUACGCACAGUCAUGUACUUUAUUUCGGGGAAGCACUGUUUUGUUAUGAGUUAUUUCUUGUAAAUAUACAUAAAGGGAUCACAAAAAUGGCAAUUUUAACAUAAUAUUAAAAUAAUAUGAUGGGUGUGGCCAUUUUCGUAAAAAAAACUAAUCGUGCUCGGAGGUUAAGUGGUUCAAUAACAACAGACGUGGUCUACAUGAAAGAUGUGCGGUAUGAAAUUCAUUAUCGUGAACGUGUACAUGUAUUUCUAUUUAUUUACUUUUACGUCUGCCAUUAACUGGAUUGUCAAUGCAUUUAUAACACUAUUUACAGUCGAAACGUGGUUUAUGAUAUACGCUAGUAAGAAUUAUUAUUGCAUCUCAUCAUAUGUCAUUGAACAUGGAUUGCACAUACUAUGUUGAAAAUUGAAUGUUUAUAAUUUAAAAUUUACUCAUAUUAUUUUCUCCAUCAUGUCUCCAUCGUGUCAAUACUAUUCCAAAACGUAAAAGUGUAAUUACAUGUACCAUAAACUAAUGCAAAAAGAUAUAUGCAGAGUUAA